CUCAGUUGCCGGCCACGCGAGGUGCUGGUCAGGUCGUAGAUUGGCCGUCGCGACGCUGGAACGUUACGCAUCGAACGACGAUGUCUCAUGACGCGAAGAGCGCUGUGCGAAGUGUCACUUUUCUAAGGGAUUAGUGUAAGGAGAGUGCAUGGACCGCACUAACUGUGAUAGAUGUGGACAAACACAGGUCGGGCUGUAGAUAAAGUGUAUAAAGGUGUUCAUUUAUUGCACCUGUAAAAUUGUUUUUAAAGCUUUCUAAUGUACAACAUUUUUGCAAUGACAUUAACAUUUAAUUUCAACCGGGUGAUAAGUGUAACUUUACCUUAUGUAUCAAUAUGUUUUAUGUAUUACAACGCCGUAGUGGAGAAAAGAGUUGAGUAAUUAUAGGGUAGAUUCUGAAACUGUCAAAUUUACACAUUUUAUGACCAUAUACAUAUAUAUAUAUAAAUUACGCCAGCUUAUGCUUAAAUAUACAAUACUAUUUCUAUUAAAAUACUUCAUACAUUCAAAACAGUAUAAGAAUAAUUUAAAUUAAAAAAUAAAAAAAAAUCAUUUCUAUUUUAAUCUAUAUGCAUACUGUAGUAAAGUUCUCGUCGAAAUUCACGUUACUGUCAACGAGAAAACAUAGCCUUUUGCUAAACGUCUUUAAAUGUGACUUCUAAGCGAAUAAGAGAUCAGAUCCAAAAUUCGACGCGUCGCCUAGUUCAAGUGAGCGACAUCUCAGCUUCGGUGUUGAUCCCAGGAACUUCAGGUCCACGUGGAAUGUGCUAGCCUGCAAACUCAUUAUCGUCCAUCAGCCAAAGAAGAUGCCAGGUCCCACACAAUGUCUGCUCUAUUUAUUUGUUACCAUCCUGGCAGUACACGAAAUCCGGGCCAGCUGGGCGGAGUGGUGGACGUACGACGGGAUUUCGGGUCCUGGAUUCUGGGGUCUCAUCAAUCCGCAGUGGCGUCUCUGUACUAAGGGACGCCGACAGUCGCCAAUUAACGUGGAGCCUGACAAACUAUUGUACGACCCUCACCUAAGGCCAGUGCAUCUCGACAAACACAAGGUUAGCGGAACACUGCACAACACGGGACAGACCGUCGUGUUCAGAGUGGAUAAGGACACGAAACACCACGUCAACAUUUCCGGGGGCCCGCUCACCUAUCGAUACCAGUUCGAGGAGAUAUACAUACAUUAUGGCACAAAGAAUCACCAGGGCUCCGAGCAUCGGAUCCAUGGGUACUCAUUUCCCGGCGAGUUCUACGACCAUGAGGGACCGCGUGGUGACAGGUCUUCACCACAGCGACGUCUUGUCGAGAGCAGCCCAUAAUAUCCACUUCAUAAUUAGCUCCCGGAAUUGCACUUUGCUGUACCCUGUCAGCAGCGAGACCAUGCCAUGGCUGUAUUCAGUCAAGAUAUUGAUUUGCUAUAAAUCAAGAUUCUGUGUACCAGGGGGCCAUGUUGUGCCUGAUGCCUUAUUAUAACCUUGUACACUGGGGUGAAACAGCGCCACCCCAACUUCCUGGAUAACUCCCUUUCUCCUCUCCCCUACCCACCCUCUGUCGUUCCAUACUUUCCUAUUUUCGCCAGCUCUAAAAAUUCAUCUCUUUAUGCUGGAAGCCUUGGUCUUAAUACGGUUCUGUCUUCAAACGAAGAAACUGUGACGAUUGUCCGUCUGUUGCGUUUUUGUUUAUU